GGUUGAACAGGAUUUACUCUAACCAUUGAACAAAUUUUGAUCAUGUGACUUGUUAAAAUGGCGGCUGCAAAUGACACGAAACAUAUGACACAGUUUAUGAACUAAUUGUUCAAAGCAAUUUUGUGACAGUCAGGAAAAUGUCUGGAGAAUCGGAUGUACAUGAGGCUGAGGAAGCUCACGAGGGAAUCAAACAUGAGGCAAACAUCAUUGCUGUAGAUAUAGGGACAACCAGUCUUCGUAGUCAUGUAUAUGAUAACCAUGGGCAUAUCAAAGCGUCUAGUUCUAAAAAGAUUGAGUUGAUACACCCAAAGCCUGGGUGGUCGGAGAUGGACCCAGAACUUCUUUAUAAGCAGGUUGUUGCAUGUGUUGAUGAAUCUAUAAAAGCUGCUGGGAUUAAAGUAAGUGAGGUGACAUGUCUUGGUAUAGCUGUACAAAGAAAUACUUGUCUUACCUGGGACAGUAAAACAGGUAAACCAUUUCAUAAUUUCAUAACCUGGCAGGACCUGAGAGCUAGAGACUAUGUGAAAUCAUGGAAUACAUCACUGACCUUAAAGGCAUUGAACAGUGGGUCUAAAGUUCUGCAUACAUUUACAAGAAAGAAAAGAUUUCUAUCAGCAAGUGUGUUAAAGUUUAUGUCACCACAGGUUACACUGAGAUUACUGUGGAUAUUAGACAACAUUCCUGAUUUACGAAAGAAAGCUUUAGACGGAGAGGUGAAGUUUGGUUGUAUAGAAUCAUGGUUACUAUGGAAACUAACAGGAAGUCAAGUACACGCCACAGAUUUUUCAUGUGCUAGUGCUACAGGAUUAUACGAUCCAUUUCUGGUGUCAUGGAGUACCAUUGUGUGUGGACUGGUAAACAUUCCCAUGAAUAUAUUCCCGGACGUUUUACCCACCAGUGGAGUAUUUGGCCAUGUAGAUGAGUCUGUGUUUGGCAGCAGUAUACCAAUAACAUGCUUGGUAGGGGACCAAAGUGCGUCAAUGUUUGGAGAAUGUUGUUUUGAUGUAGGGGACAUUAAAUGUACUCUUGGCACCGGAAUGUUUAUUGACCUCAACACUGGAGAAGAGCCACAUGCUUCAAUAGCUGGUCUAUAUCCUCUCAUUGGAUGGAAAAUAGGUAAUAAGAUGACAUAUUUAGCAGAGGGCGCUGCAAAUGAUGCUGGCACUGUGAUAAACUGGGCACAAUUACAGCUGGGACUGUUUGAGGAUGUAAGAGAUACAGCAUCAAUAGCAGAAUCUGUUGAAGACACAGAUGGCGUUUAUUUUGUACCAGCAUUCUGUGGACUACAGGCACCUAUUAACGAUGACAAAGCAACAACAUUAAUGAUUGGUAUGACUCCAUCAACAACAAAAGCUCAUCUAACACGUGCAAUCCUCGAGUCCAUAGCUUUCCGAUUUAAACUGCUGUACGAAACUGUCCUCAGUGAAACCAAGAUACCUCUGUCUUAUAUCAGGGUGGACGGUGGUGUUUGCAAUAAUGACUUUCUGGUGCAAUUAAUGGCAGACCUCACAAAUCAAGUUAUAAAUAAAUCAACACAAACAGAUAACAUGUCCAGUCUUGGAACAGCUUUCUUUGCUGGCUUGGCAGUGGGUGUAUGGAAGGACGUUAAAGAGCUAGAGAAGAUUCGAUUAACUGAGCGUGAAUUUCAUCCUCAACCGACUUGGCAGAAAUAUAAACCAGUAUUUCAUCAAUGGGAGCGGGCGGUGAGCAGGUCGCAGAAAUGGUACGAGGAGUCGUGACCACUGGCACAGGGAACAGACGACAUCUGACAAUGCUGAUCAUACUAAUUUGUGAUUUUUUUAUAAAAGAGGUUGAGUAAUAAAUUUAUUUCUAACCCGGUGGACAUCUUAAAAGGAGGCAAUUUAAACUUACUGUUACAGCCACAUGAAUCACGGGUGCAUAGAUAUUGAAAGAGAAAACAUUUUAUGGAAUAUAAUUAUUUCUGUCUCAUUUGCCACAUCAUUAUUAUUAUUCUUGAGGUGCUAAUUUCUGUGCUUUUAGUGGAUAGAUAUCCAGGAAUGUAACAUCAAACAACAUUGUAUUUUGUUUGCUGUAAGAUUAUUUUGCAUUGCUUUAUACAUGUAAAUGCAUUUUGCUUUUUUUUCAAAAAAAGACAAUCAACAAAUUUUAACCUCAAAAAUGUUAUUGAGAAAACCACGGAAUUACAUGCCCACAAAAUUAAUAAAUUUACAGUAUUAUUUAUAUGUAAGUUUUUAAUAUAAGCAACAUUUGUUGCAGUAAAAUAGUAUAAAAUGCUUUGAUAUAAAAUGGUUAUAUCUCACAAAAUGUUCCUGUGAACAUUUUUAAUCUUUGUAAGAACAUUUCAAAACAAGGCAGUUCUUUCAUUUGAUGGCCCUAAAAUCACUGAAUUUAUUUUAUUAUAUUUAUAAAAAUUCUGAAAACUCAAUGCAAAAUGUUUGUCAAAUUACCAAAAAGGUGAAAGUUAAUUAUAUGUAUUAGCAGUUUGAAAACUGUUCAGUUGAAGCAUUUCUUGUCUGAAAUACCUCAAAUUAAUAAUGAACUGUUCCAAAAGUCAAGGAGGACAAAUCCAUUAUAUAAAUUUAGGGGAAUCAGGGUGAAAGUUAAUUUUAUGUACAAGACUACAUUGUAAGGUGUGCAGUUGAAGCAUUUCUUAUCUGAAAUACCUCAAAUGAACAAUGGAAUGUUCCAAAAUGUUAAGUCAGGAUCAGUUCAUUAUACAAGGUCAGUAGGGUAAGGGGGGAAAGUAAAUGAUAUGUACAUGUAUUCGGGUGUACUGUUUGUUUGUAAUUGUUAUUUUAUCAUGUGUUGUCAUUGAAAUAUUGUUUUGUUUGUUUUUGUUACUUUUUGCUGUUGUUUGCAAUUUGUAUAUUGAUUUUCUGUUUUGUGCCAAAGAUUUUAUUUUAUGAAAACUUGAAAUGUUUUUAAGAUGAAAAGAGGGUAUUUUGUUAUUCAAGUACAAACAUAUAUUGUAACAAUCAAAAUAUUUACGUUACUGCAUUUGUAUUGCAAAUUAUAUAUACAUGUAGUGUAUAGGUCAACAUAUUUGCAAUGCAAAAUGUCUCGUAAUUAAUCAAAUAUAAUUAAAAAAAACUUUGAUAUGACAAACAAAAAAUGAUGGAUGUUUACCAGUUUAACAAUAUGUGUUGAAGUAAUUAACUGUACAAAACUUUUGCAUUCAUUAAUUUAUUUGAUGGUUAAAGUUCAUGUGAGUGCAUUAACUGUAGUAUAUCAUGACAUUUAUAAUGGUUGUAGUUCAUGAGGGUAGUAAUAGCCCAUAUGUUUAUCAAAAUGUGAAAUAUCAUUUGUUAAGUACUCAGCUAGAUAAGAUAAUCUUUAUUUAUAAUCUGUUACAAUAUACAUGUUAACACUAGCUAUAAAAGCUAUUUUUUUUUACAAAACAGGUUAUACUUUAACAAACAAACAACAUUUAUCAAAAAUCAGAUUAAGAGACUCAAUUGUUCUCAUUUGGAUUACCUUAAAUUACGCAAAUUUUAUUCUUUGACGGAUAUUUGGGAAAUUUAUUCAUUGAAGGAUAUUUGCGAAAUUUAUUCUUUGAAGGAUAUUUUUGAUAAAGCAUGAUAAAGUGUGAAUUAGAUAAUGUAAUAAUGUAGAUAAUUUUUAAUGAAAAACUCAAUGUUGAAUAUAAACCACAAAUAUUGUACAAAGGUACUAUAUAUAGUGUUAUAUGUCUGAAAUAAAAACUUUGUAUGCAAAUUUAUGUGUAGUGAGUGUCAUUUUAUGAUUUGUUAACAGUGAAUGUUAGUUAGUUUUUUAUUAACUUGUUUUUAUGCAAUAUAUACAUGUAUAUUGAUCUCAAACUAUUCGCAGAUAUUGUAUUUUUAAUCAGAUGAAAGUACAUAUGUAUGUGUCAAGAAUUUUUAUCGAAAUUUGAUAAGUUUUUAAAGUAAUAAAAUCCAGAAAUAAUAUAUUCUCAGCAGUGAUGUUAUUGAUAAAUAAAUCACUGUUUGUCACUAAAUUAAAUCACUGUUUAUGGCGUUCAGUUGUGAGGAACUGUAUUAAUAGAUGCACAUCUGAAUAACAGUGAUUUUAUUUAGCGAUAAAAUCACUGCUUGGGAUAUAUUAUUUUGAUUCUAACAUGACAUUGAAAAAUAAAUGCUGCCAUACCUGAUAUCAAGCUUAAUUGUGCCUCAUUUGUUUCAGUAGUUAUUUUCAGUGUGUCGCAUUUUUUGAUGACUAUGCCAUAUGCCUAAACAUAUAUUAUCAACAGUUAUUUUAUUGCAUAUUUAUACACAAUUUCGGUCCUUCUUGUAGGGAAAAUGUAGGUCAUAUUAGGAUAAUCCUUUGCAUUCUGGGAACAAAGAAUACUUGCCUAUGUCACAAGUAUAGAGCCUGUGACCUUGAUCUUUAAGCUGGUGACCUGAUUCUUUCAUGCAGCGUAUCCAGACUUUAUACUGCUUGUUGAUCGCUAUUAGGUCUUCCCAAUCUUUCCACUUCGCUCAUUUAGGAGGGCAUCGGAUUGGUUCGAUCCAUAGGGAAGGCAAAAAUUUCUCCAUUACAAUUGAUUCUGCACAUCAAGUUAAAUGGUCAUUUGUCUCUCACUGCAGAUUCAGAAAUCAUUUAGGAUAAGUAGUCAGUAACUUGUAGAGAAAUUGGUAAUUAUUGGUUUGAUAUGAUCCAGGAAUGUCUAUUUAGUGGACCAACUUGGGAAUGUGAGCAACAAUGUUAAAAAAAUCGGUGUAUCAUCUAAACAAACAGAUUGAUUUUAGUAAUUCAAUAUUGAAAUCUCUUUAGCUGCUAAUAGACUGUGCCAAUUUCAAAGUCCUCCUAUCAAAUUUAUCUUGGAAAAGGUUAAAAAGCAAAUGUAUGUUUUGACCAGAAUUUUUUUCAGCAUGGCAUGAAGCUAAAACUGACUGCUUGUACAAUUUAUUUUAAAAAUAAUUGAUGCUGUGAUGUAAUUUUGUAAAUUUAAAAGUGAAUUGUACCUUACUUUAGAAAUUGUUACUGAAAGAUUUUAAAGUUAGAUAACUUUAUUAUUUUAAUUGUUUUCUUAUCAGUAUAUUGUUUUAUUAUAUCUACAAUUUUCAAAAACCAUUUACCAUAAUGGAUAUAAUAAACAGCCCUCUUAUACAAAUACUUCCUAGAUGUGGAUUUUUCAACAUUUUUUACUUAUCUUAUAACUAAAAUUUGCUUUUGGGUGUAUAUUGUAUAAUUUUAUAGCAAGUUUGGCUAUAAUCUACUUAACAUUAGAUGUUUUGAUAUUGCCUAUGCCAUUGUAAAUUGGUGGGACCAUUAAGAAUACAAUGACCUCACACUAUGAUUAGUAAGACCAUCAAUGUGGUCUUACUUUAGAUGGUCUUUAGGAAAGUGGUGGUCUUAUUCAGCCUGUUGGCUUUGCCACUUAAGGACCAUAGUUCAAGCCUUACCUCAGUUACAAACAUGUGUUUUCAUCAUUAGACAUUAUUAUUGGUAAUUUCAAGAUGCAAGCUUUUGAAUUGAUAAAUAUAUAAUUUAUAUGUUUUCACAACUGUCUGUUCUUCAAUAAAGUGUUUUGACACUAUAGAAAAUGUUGCUAGAAAUUGUGAUCUAAAAGUGGACUAACAGAUUUAAUAGUGAAAUAACAGAGAUCGCAAUUUUGGAUCAUUGAAACAAAGAACGAAACUUUCUAUUCUUUAAAACAUUGGUACUAAAUUAAAUCAUUUGGGGUUGUUAUAGGGAGGUUUCUACUGUUUAUCAUUCUGUUGCUUACUGUUGGAAAUAAUCAAUGGUGUAUGAUAAAUGAUGAACAUUUCUAGUGUUCAUAGAUAGGGAUUGUAUUUUAAAUUGUUCCGGUGAUAAGUUUAUUAAUUAAGAAUUAUUUAUAUAAGGUAUAUACAUGUCAGAUUCAUGUGUCAGACAUUCCUUUCCAUUUAUGAACAUAUGUCUUAUCUACAUCAUGUACUAGUAUAAGAAAUUAUAUAUUUUUGGAGAAAAGGGCUAUUAAAGUA